GAAAAAUCUGGACCGAACCUACCCUUUUCAAACGAGUCGGGUAUAGACUGAACCUACCCGCCCGGCCCGUGCACCUCUAGUUUCCACUCUUCCUCGAAACCCUUUUCUUCCUUGUCGCAUAAAACCAGACGCAUCCUGUACACCCGACCACUGCAAAUCCCUUCACUCCCCAAAGUAACUAUUUUGCUUCGUCUGACCAAUACCUCUCCUAAACGAAGAAGGCAGAUUGAAUCAAGGAUUCUGUUAUAGUUUUUACGAGGUUUUAACCUCUGCAAAACCGACGACUUUAACUCCCAAGAGCUGGUUUAGUUGAUUUACAAUGGCUAAGAAGCGAGCUAGGCUGACGAACCCGGAGCCAUUUCUUGCUGGAGCAGAUUCGAAUUCAAUAGCCUCUACCAUCAAACGCUCAAAAGCUCCCAAAUCUCACCAGGAACAACAAAAGGUUAUAUCUUCUGGUAUGAGCUCCAAGAUACUUAAGGAGGCUUUGAUUCAGCAAAAAGAGAUUGAAGAGGAAGAGGCUCGGGAAGGGAACCAUACUGGUUUAGUUAUUACAGAAGAACCUGUAGAUGAGAUUGAGAACGAUGGUGAUGAUGAUUUAGACAAUUUUUUGGGGUUUUCUGAAACCCAGAGUCAGUAUGUUGAGAUUGAGGACAAGGUCGAUGAAGAAGAGGAGAGGUUACUGGAGGCCUUUUUAUCAACAAAUGAGCGUCCCCAGAGGACUCUGGCUGAUGUUGUUAUUCAGAAGCUAAAAGAAAAGGAUGCUCAAGCUUCUAUGGAACUGCAAUUGAUGCCCAAGUUGGAUAACUCUAUUAUUGAGUUGUACAAAGGGGUUGGCAAACUUCUUAGCAAAUACACGUCUGGGAAAAUUCCAAAAGCUUUCAAACAUGUACCUUCAUUGAAGUACUGGGAAGAUGUCUUAUAUUUGACUGAACCAGAUAAGUGGUCACCAAAUGCUAUGUACCAAGCCACACGAAUGUUUGCUUCAAAUAUGGGGACCAAAAAGGCAGAACGCUUUUACAAGCUUGUCCUGCUUCCUCGCGUUAGGGAUGAUAUUAGAAAAAACAAGAGAUUGCAUUUUGCUCUCCAUCAGUCAUUGAAAAAAGCUCUUUUUAAACCGGCUGCCUUCAAUAAGGGAAUCCUGUUUCCGUUGUGUGAGUCACGAACUUGCACGAUAAGGGAGGCUGUGAUAGUUGGGAGUGUUAUUCAGAAGACAUCUUUUCCUCCCCUCCAUGCUAGUGUUGCACUACUGAAGCUUGCUCAAAUGGAAUACUGUGGCACAACAAGCUACUUGAUACAGGUAUUGAUUGAGAAGAAAUAUGCGUUGCCAUAUCGAGUACUCGACGCCAUGGUUGCUCAUUUCAUGAAAUUCUACUCAGAGUCGAGGAUUAUGCCUGUAAUAUGGCACCUAUCACUUCUUUGCUUUGUGCGAAGAUACAAAGCUGAUUUACGGAAGGAGGAUAAAGCUAACAUAAUCAAUUUGGUGGAAAGACAAAGGCAUCAUAUGAUUACUACAGAUAUACUGCAGGAGUUGAAUAACAGUCGAAGUCGCGGGGAAAAGGAGGAUGAUCCUAUGCCAAUAACUAGUCCUGUUUCUAUUAUCACUAAAACGAUUGAAGAAGAUAGGUUUGAUAUCCCAGAAGUUCCUAUGGAAGAGGAUUAGAGUUCAUUGUAGCGGCUUUGUUCUCUUUUUUCCGGUAAUGCUUGCAUCCCUUCUUAGAUAUAUGCUUUGUUGUCAGCUGUAGUAAAACAGUGCUUAGUGUGUUUGUAUAAUGUACUAUACAAUACAGAUCAUGAUGGGAUUGACAUUUGAGUGGUUGAUCAGAAUGAAGUCUUGCUGCAUUUGAUCAUUUAACUAUUGUAUUUGCAGUGUAGUACUGUAGUGUAUGAGCAAUUUUUUUCUCUACAAGAUCUGUGAUAGGCGAAUACUCCAUGAGUUUUGAUGUGUUUUUAACACUAGUAAAUGUUAUUCCAG